UAGUUAGGUUAUCAUAUAAUGGGAGAUUUUGAAACGUUUAGAAGCCACAUGUUAUCCAGACCUAAACAAAAGGAUUCUCUUACUUAUAUCAUAUACAAAGGACAAAAAUAUUACAUUGAUAUAUCCAAACUUAAAACUGAAAGGUCAUCGCAGCAUGUCCAACACAGAAGCUCCACAAUUUCCAGUGAUUCAAUAGGUUCAGAGGAUAGUAAUGGAUAUUUGAUUAUGCGCAGUCCUCUUCAGGAGGAAAACAAUAAUAUUAAGGCCACAGUAAAUGAUCCCUCACUAAUGACGAAAAUUGAAAUAACUUCCACCGAUCCAGAGAAAAAUGAAUCGUCUAGAAAAAGUGCCGGAAAAAAAUGUUGUCAAUCUUGCUGUAACGUAUUAUUUUGGACAUCAGUGUUUACGACCCCAUUAACCGUGUCUGCUCUCCUUAUGUAUUUUCUGUUCAACAAUAUCGAAUUAUUACAAUAAAUUUAUCUUCAUUCAA